UCCCAAUAAACUUAUCGAUGGUAACUCACAUUACACGCUGUCUGUCAAUGGGAUUACGUAUAGCUUACCAGCGAUAGAAGUUUGUAUGAAAAUUGUAAUUCACGCAUCCCAAUAUAAGACGAUAAGAAUGACUUAUCGGGUAUAUUGGGAGAGCUUCAGAUUAUUGACAGCUAAUUACUGACUGUAGAAGGUAGUAACUUAUAUCUAUCUGUAGAUAGUAUAUUGGGAACGGCCGUUAGAGUCCAAUGCUUUCUGUCGAUAGGUUAUUGAAAUGUAAGUAAGCGUAAAAUGAUAGAUUUGUCUAUAUCUAGUAAGUUAAACUAAGGAUAGAUAGGUUAUUGAAAACGGCCGUGAUCUGGGGGAGGCCUUUCUCCAACUGUAGACGUCUUCCGGCUGAUGAUGAUGAUUACGAAUAAUACCCACCCCAUUAUAAAAGAUAAACAUGUUGUUCCAGAUUGUAGUAUUCAUCUGCGCAGUAGGCGUUGCCUCUGCAAGUGUGGUCGUCUCCGCACCAUUAGCGCGAGUCGACCCCCUACCACAAUACUCCUACGGAUACGACGUCCAAGAUUCGCUGACCGGCGACUACAAGGGACACCAGGAGCACAGAAACGGCGAUCUUGUCACUGGAUCCUACUCAGUCGUUGACCCUGAUGGCACAAGAAGGAUCGUGGACUACGCAGCUGACUCUAUCAAUGGGUUUAACGCAGUCGUUCGGCGCGAACCUUUAGUGGCCGCUGCUAGAGUACUUGCGCCUGCCCCAGUUCUAGCACCUGCCCCAGCUCCACUAGUAGCACCAGCCCCCGCUCCCUACCUUGCGCCAUCCCCCUACUACCCCCGUGCUCCCCUAGUGGCCCCAGCCCCAGUAUUACCAGCCCCCGCAGUAGCCAGGGCUCCACUCUUUGCCCCAGCCCCAGCUCCAGUAUUCGCCCCCAGAUUAACCAACCCUUACUACUGGUAGAUGGAAUAUUACAAUUUUUUUGUUACAUAAAUGUACUUACGACUUAUCUUUAAGUUUUUUAUACCUAAUUGUUAUUUAUGUUAUUAAAUUUCUUUGAAUGAAUUAUAA